AUGGGUCUUCUGAAGAUCUUCACAAGAAGGUCAAGCAAAUCCAAGCUGCAGGCACAUGAUAAACAGUCUCGCUUGGAGACGCCACCGCAAGAAUCCCGAAACAUACGCCAACAUGAGCCGGGCGCUCCAGAGAUAUCGAGUGCAUCACAGCACCAGCCAGAAAUGGUCCAUACGUUCCCAGACCAGCCAGAUCAUUCCGAGACAGAGGACUCAGUCUCUGCCCCGGCUCCUUUUGUUCCUCGCCACCCAAGUCUUGUAGUUGAAGACCGGCCACGGACUGCAACCAGCAUUCGCAGUCUGAGUCGAGACUGGUCGCAGUUUCCAGCUCGUCCGAAGCGGGAGCCGAGGAGACCUCCAGUGUCCUUUAGGAAACCCAGUUCUUUGGUCUCGAUGUCCACUGCCUAUCAAAGCUCAGCCCAAAUUACGGAGAACGAGAGCGACAUCAACUCUCUGAUAAAAUUGCGCAGAAACAACGGUUCGAGAUCCAGCCUUGGUAGUAUAAAGUCGAAGGAUAUCCUUGAUGCUCAAGACGAGAUACGUCCAACCGACUUUCGAAGCCGGGUGUAUGCGACUGGGUCACGGGAUUACGGUGAGGAUGUGGCAGAUCGCAACAUCACACGACAUAGGGACGGCAAUAUCAGUCCUACACCAGACCCCAUGCGGAUGAGCAACCGCACAAAAUCUCUCAAUUCCUCUAGCUUAUUCCCUCAGGUGACUCACUCCUAUGAUUUGAACCAAGGUCCAGCCCUCGCGUUGAAGGUUGCGCCUUCACCAGAGCCCAUGGAGCUGGGCUCAUUUUCGAGUCGGAACAAAAGGCGACUGUCGCUCAAUACCUAUGUCCCUAGCGGCAUGGUAUCUCCACAUACACCGAAACCCGUCGCUGCGACUUCCGAUUUGAUGGAAGACGUUGCCUCCAAAGACUUUGCGUCUUCAGCUGAAAAUCUCGGGACCGAGACUGUGGCUCGACGAAAAGAAGUGUCGCCAACAUUCAAUUUCUCUCGUCCAGGGUCGCCCCGAAACCCGCAGACCACAAAUAUGCAAGGCACAAUGCCACUUUCGCAUACCAGGGACCCUGUCUUUGACGGCAAAAUUGCUGAGGUUUUAGCAUCCGACAAUGUCAGCUCUUCUGACUUGUCGAGCCAUCAGCGGACGUCAAACCAGAGUUUUGGUCGUGUUUCCCUCCCUAGGUCACCGGGAAGGCAAAGCUACCAAACACUCAGAUCAUCCCUCGCUUCUUCCAUACCAAGUCGCUACCCGUCGACCGAUAUGACACCACUUGGUCAUCCAAGCACUAAGCAUGCUGAUGCCCAUGCCGACACAAACGCAGUCAGUAGUUUCGAUUCAACAAGCGGGAGAACACAGUCUGCAUCCCACUCCAAUCUCUUUUCCGCAGCCAGUGGACGAUCUCACUCCAGGCACACAGCAAACACAUCCCUUGAUUCCAAGAGCGCGGAGAGCUUCAUCACGGCGAGCAACGGCCAGCACGGCAGUGAAUGGUCCCCGGCUACGAACCGAUCCGCAGGAUUCAAUAUUGACGAUUAUGUCUCAUCGGAUGAUGACUCCUUCACCACCACGAGAAAGAGAGCCCGCCCUUCCGGUCAAGACGAGGAAGACUUGCUGUUUAAGGGUGGUUACGGAAUCACGGGCGCAGCGCUGCCGGGCUUGGAGGCUCUGGGAGAGGAGGACGAAUACUCUCAUACAUUGACAAGGAGUACCAGGAGUAACUCUGCGUCGUCGGAUAGUUCUGUCGCUGUUGCACUGAGUCCCAAAGACACCCGGUUUGGAAUGUCUUAUGAUCUACCUCCAACGUUACGUCAUGUACGGAGCGACCCCGAGGAACUCACCAUGAGCACCUUUGGAAGGGCUUUGAUGCGGAAUCGAAUGAGGACAUCGACGGCCGAUGUCUGGGCAGCAGAGGAAGAAGACUCAAAUCCAGCGGUGGACCUGGAAGAGUCUUAUACUCCAUCUAUGAGCAGCAGUGAGAGCGAUGAUCCUCACUCCGACGCGGACGCGAGGUCUACGGUGGGCAGCCUUGGGGGCUUUCGACCACAUCGAAGUGAAAGCAGCUUCAGCGUGUACUCCACAGGUGGCACUGUCACGACAAAUAUCACAGGCGGUGCCAAAGUACUAGAAAGAGAUACAUACGACGAUGUUCGCGCUCCCCGGAGAGGCUUGAAGCGACUGUCGGCACUUGGGACACUCUAUGGAAGAAGCAUGGGCUCUUUCAGCUCCUCGGAUAGGAGGCCUGCCACAGCAUCAGGUGGCGCGAUCAGAGAGGAGACGAAACCAAGCGACAUCAUCAGACGGAGGAAAGAAGACAAGACAAGGAAAAGAGCGGAUCAUGGGUUGAAGAGUAUUCGGGAAAAGAGAAUGACCGAGGCUUUUGGUCGCCCGGAUAAUGAUGGAAUAGCAAGACUGAGGGAACACUUAGAAGACGAGGAGGAAAUGUGGGAACGGGAAAUCUAG